AUGGAUACGAUAUAUUGGAAUAAGGAUAAGGAUAUGGAUAAAGAUAGAGAAAGUGAUAUUGGAGGGAUACAAAUUCAAGAAGUGGAGCAAUUUGGUUUUAUCCCAUUGGCGGAUAUUUUAUGUGAUAUAAUUGCACAAUUGAAUCGUUUGGGUGAGAAGAGUAAAUAUGAGACGAUUAAACGUGUAUUAUUUGAUGAAUAUUAUUCAUGUAACCAGCAAGAAGAGCAGCAAAAACAAUCGAAAUUGUCGAAACAAAAUCAUGCUGAUGCAGUUAGCAAUAGCAACAAUACGAAACCAACUGAAGAGAUAUUGUUGCAAGCGUUAAAUGAACUGUUGAAAGCAGGUGCUAUUUAUAAGAUGAAUGAAAACUUUUUUGUGGCCAUACCAGCGACAACACCGUAUCAUGCACCGAAUCUUAACGGUGACAAUAAACGAUCAGCAAAAUGCAAUGCUGAAUGUCAAACUGGUAAAAGUAUUAUCAGCUCACCAACAGCUGUAGCUAAUCAAACACUAAUUCCAUCACAACGACAAAAUGCCCCACGCAACAACAAUAACAACAAACAUCGAAAAGGCUUAUUCGCUCGUUUAUUCGCCAAGAAAGACGCGUCCACGUCACCAUCAAAGGUUGCUCCCAAGCAAAAAGAACCGAUCGUAUUCUCAGCUCAGUUCCCACCACCCGAAUGGAUGUGCAAUCCGAACCUUCUCAUCAAUAAUGCUGAUGCAAAAUGCUUCAAACAAAAUCCGUUAAAUACAAAACGUCAUUUGUACGAGUGCAAUUUAGCCGCUCGGUGUAAGCUUAUACGUGAGCGUAAGCCUAAGCAUAAACCUGAAUUCUGUACGUUCGCCGAAAACUUGUGUGAUGAAGCAGCAUUGGUUAGUGGUGAUGACCCCGCGAGUGGUUUGGACACUAAACGACGUUUGUGCGCAUCGAUAAAUCAUCAACGAUUCAAACAACGUCGAGCCGAACGACACCACCUGUUAUCGAGCAGUUCAGAAUGUUUGAAUUAUGGUCCUAUUGAUCCACCCGAGUUAUUGCCGCGUUUCGCAGAUGCUGAAAUAGUUGACGAUUUGAGACGAAGAAGGCGUCGAAGACGAACGGGAGGUGGCCACGGAGAAGGAAGACGAUUCAGAGGUGCAGCGCUGGGAUCAGCUCAGCAAGAGCCUCUACCUGGUACGGUGGCCAAUUUUGGUGCUGAUACACAAAUUGUUGGUAUUGUUGCGAACACUGAUACAGGAAAAACAUUUGUUGCUGAUUGCAAAACGAAAAGACGUUCAGAUUUACAAAAUGUUUAUGGUGGUGCUGAAUUGAAAUAUUUUGAUGCAGAAGAACGCAAUCAUCAGCAAGAAGAAUAUGAAGAUUACGGAAUUUAUGUAAAUCCUGUGGCAAUUAAAAAUAACAGAGAAAAAACGCAACCGAAAAACGUAGUGAUGCGAACAGAGAGAAACGUUCCAAAACAACAACUAAUCGAUGAAAAGCUCGGCACUCAAUGCCAACCUGAGAAGCAACAGCAACAACAACAACAGCAACGAAGAAGAACAAGAAGAAGAAGGCGAUCAGACUGGUUCAUCGCUACAUCGUCUUCACUUUCCUCAUUGUCACUUUUUGCCAAUAACCCCGUCACUAUUGAAAAUCCUCGACAAAUCAGCACCAAAAAUGAUCACAUCGCUCCGAAAUGGUCCGUCGUUGAAACAAAAUAUCCUCCUCCUCCUCCUCAUUCUCGUGUUCGCCAUACCAACAAAAGUACAAAACCUGCACCGUUGGCAUCGUUGGCUCGCACUUCAACGCCCAUAACGGCGACGGUUGAGCGUCGCCGUGACGGUGGUUCAGAUUCGGCUUAUUCACUAUCGCCGGUCGUCACCGACGAGCUGUCUGCUGGUGCUGUUGCUACAGCAUCAUCGACAGCUUCUUCGGCUGGAGCGGUAGCGAUGAUGGCCGCAGAGGAGAAUUCAGAGAAUGAGACGGCAGGGUUAAAUUUCGUUUCGAAAUCAGUGCGGCCGCCAUUAUCAUCAGAGCAGAAAGUAAUUGCUGAAUUCAGGCGUAGAGCUGAUUCAGUUGGUGUGAUAGGGAGGAAUUGUGAUGAUUACGGUGACGAUGAACUGAAUGAAAGAAACUAUGAGAAUCUGAUGCAUAUGAGACGUGUGCAUUAUCAUAUCGAUCACCGGGCGAAACGAUCCGAUGCUAACGCAAUCGCUGUUGAAAGCUCACCAUAUGUUUAUUUGUAUCGUCAUGAUCCACCUCAGCAGCAGUUAACAAAAGCAACAACAGGAAAUGAAGAACUACGAGACCAAGAUCGUAGACAUGUUCAUAUUGAAAACGCUUUGCAUUAUCGUAAUCAUAAUGAUUCGAGCGAACGGAAUGCGUGCAGUCAAGAAGCAGAUUUAGCAUCAAUAUCACUGCGAGUGCGACCGUCAUUAUCGAGACGGCGUUGCGGUAGUUGGUCAGGUAGUGAUUGGAAUACUGCUUGGACAACAACUAACGAUGAGUGGGAAGAAGGUGAGGAGCAAGAGGAAACAGGGAUAAGAGGAAGAGGUCAACAAUUGAGUCAUAGAUAUACAAAUGGAAACGAUAUGUUUUUGAGCGCUACCAAGAGGGCAACACACAAUCACGGAGCGAAAUCGAAACAGUCAAAACGAUACUCAAUCGAUGCUAAUGCAACAGCGAAUGUGCAUGUGAAUCUGAAUGCGCUUAGUUCGAAUGACUAUUGUUCUAUGCAGUUCUCUCGUAGUGUUGAUAACGCUUGCAGUAAUGAGAGUUUAUUAACGAGUGAUAGUGAGGUGAUGGUAUAUGGCGAUAAUGAUGGGGAUGAUUGUUGUGCGGCCGAAUCAUCCAACUCAACCAACACAUAUGAUCAGCAUACUUAUGUGAACAUUGAUAAUGAGGAUGAGCAGAGCACGCAAUUCGAAGAAAUCACACAAUUGGAACGUUUGUCGCCAACUGCUGAUAAUACUGAUAAGGAAAAGGGAAAAAACACUGAUAAUGAUUUGAUGUUAAAAGCAACAUCAACAGCAGCAAUAAAUGAUGGAGAAAGGAGCGCGGACAAGGUCAUUCGAAUACUGCGUUAUUCGAGGCAUGAAAAUGUUGAAACGAAUGCAAAUCAAGAAGAAAGUGAAAAAGAAGAUUUCAUUAAAAAAUUUUAG